ACCAAAUAACCCUUUGAAUAUAUGUUUUUACAGAGAAAAAAAAAAAGAAAAAAGGCUACUGCGCAAAGACAAGUUGAAGAACAUCUUUUACCAUGAAUUAGAAAUGCUCUUCCCUAGCUUACUGGUUGGAUUAGAUAUUAUUAACAGAAACCGAAGAGGGUCUUACCUCUUAUCCUAUGGUGAUGAGUUCCCCCAUGACAAGUUCAAGUCACGGCGAAUUCCAUGAAUUUAAGAGAAAGAAAAUUUGGGUGGAUAAGAAAACUGGAUAUAAAUGCAUGAUGUUAUACCCAAGAUGGUUGGAUAUUGCUUGGGGCGGUCAUCCUGGAUACUGGGUUUGGAACUGUUAUAAAGAAACAAGUGAUGAAAACAUUGAGGUUGCUAAACUGGCGGCUGUAUGCUGGCUGCAAGUGAGAGGACAGUUUAAGAUGUCAGAGCUCUCUCCUGGAGUUGAUUAUGAAAUUGCAUACAUUAUUAAGAUAAAAAAUGGGGCAUCUGGAUGGGAACUUCCAGUUACACUGGAAAUCAAUAAUCUAUCAGAAAGAAAAGUUCAGAAGAGAGUAGUUAGUCUUCUAGAGAAGCCUAGAGGAGAUUGGAUAGAGCUUAAUGGUGGAAGUUUUCAAACAAACAAAGAAGGACCCCGAGAUGUGUGGUUCACUCUUUAUGAACAUGGUGGACAUUGGAAAAAAGGGCUUAUCAUCAAAGGCAUCAUUAUUAGGCCAAAAAUUUGAUCGGUUGUUCAAUAAACAUCUUCACUUCAGUACGCACCAAAUUAGACAAAGUAUAAUCUCUUAUUCCUCAGCCUGCUGAAUGACUUUUUUUUUUUUGGGAUUUUGCAGAGUGACUUUCUUGUUUAUGAUAAAUUAUGUCUUGUUUGUGUUUUUAAUGUACGUAUUUUGGCUAUGGCACAUCAUGAAUUGUUCGCUCAACUCCAAUCUUUCUUCUAAAAAUGGGGAUUUGAUGUUCUGUUGAAAAUGAAUUGAUCUAUUUUCUUUC